AUGGUAGCCAUCAACUUCGUAUUCAAUGGCUAUCGUGACCUCAUUCUGCCAAUUUCCGAACAGGACGAUAACGUGAGAAAUGCGGUAUUAGCUGCUUCUGCCUCUCAUAUGGCACUCAAACGCACUGAAUGGAAGUCGAUUGCAACAGAUUAUCGAAUGGCUGCCAUCAAAGGUCUAAAGCAACGUGCUAAUAUCGAAUACCCCGACGAAUUGAUCUCCCAUUCAAGCUUGUCUACAAUGGUAGUUCUUUUAGUUGAUGAGAUGGUCGCGGUCGGGUCUGACUUUCAUAUUCUGCUCCGCAUGUUAAAGAGCUUUGUUGAGGCGAAAGGUGGCCCCGGUGCGGAUCUCCUUAUAUGCAAAACCCCUUCUUUGGAACAUGUCAAGGAUUUUGAAGACAUCUCUCUUCAAGAUUUGGAUUUCCUAUACAGCUGUCUGGAUUCCCACCCGGGGUUUUCAGAAAUCAUCUUCAAUCUCGCCGACCUUAUCCUUAAAGCUGCCGCCAUUUACCUUGCUCGGUCAAGAAAUUUACCAGACGCACUUAUUUUCGAUUUGGUAACCCAGUUUCUUGAGAGAGCAUCCUCUUUCAAUGCCGCCUCUCCAGGCGGACACAUCUUAAUUUGGUCGUUUUUCAUUGUGGGUGCAGAAUGCUCAUCUGACCAGGAUCGGGAGUUUGUGACUUCCCAGCUUCAAAUUCUUUGGGAAUGCACUGGUUUUGGAAAUAUUUUAUAUGCCAAAGAUAUUUUGAAGAGUUUAUGGGGAAAGAGCUCUUCAAAGAGUUGGACAAAUGUCUUGCUAGAUGAAGUUAAGAGCUUGAUUAUGUGA